AUGGAAACUAUUCUAAAAAACUAGAUACAAAACUUUUCAAGUGCUAGAAUCACUGAAAAUAAAUUUGCUGAUUAUGUACUAUUUUCAUUAUCUGCAACUAUGAAUAAAUCAACUAAAUUUGAAGAUGAUAAUCAUUAUAUAUUUAGAGAGGCUAAAUAUAGAAAAUAACAACAAAUGAAUUUCAAAUUUGAUUAAAGAAAUGGUUCUUACUAUACAUAAUUCAAAGCAUAAAUGUAAUCAACCAAGGUCUCAAAAAAACGAACUUUAUUAUAAAUUGAAAAAUCAGAACUUUAAAUUUAAUUUAAUGAAAAAGGAUAAAAUGUUUAAGUAUUCAAAGCUUUUGAUUAAAAAAAUAAUGUUUAUGUAGUACUGAAGAUUCCAAGGUUUAUCAUAAAAAAUUUAAAUAGUGAAUAACCAAUUGCAGAAGAAUUGUAAGCUAGGGCCAAAGAUUAUGCUAAAACAAGGUAUUUAUAAUAACUUAUUGCCAAAUAAUUAUCUCAUUAUUUUAAUUAAUAAUGCUACUAAAAUAAAGGAAAUUUUUUUCCCAUUUAUUACGCGACUCCUUAUUUAUAUAAAUUUGAUAUCCCAUUUUUUGGAACAAAAAUAAUUUAUGGAGAAAGCUAUAUAGAUUUGGAAAUUCCUUGGUAGAAAUAUAGUAACAAUGGUUCAUUUUAUCUUGAAUAAUAUAAUUUUACUACUUUCUCGCAUUUCACUUAUGUAAAAACUAAUAAAAAUAUGAUUAUUACAGAUCUAUAAGGUAAAUAAAAUCUAUUUAGUGAUCCAUCUAUUCAUUCUAAAGAUAUAGAGGAUGAAGGAAAUUGUAGAGAAGAAGGAUAUAUGAAUUUUUUCAAAUUUCAGCAUGCUUAAUGCACUACUUUAUGCUAGAAGCUUAAUUUGCCUAUCGAUCAAAUACAAAAAAAUGAAUAAUCUCAAACUAAACUAAAGCCUAUAAUUGAUGAAUUUGGAGGCUAUAUGGACAAAAGCAACCUUUAUAAAAUAUGUUAAAAUUGCAAUGCUUAAGAAAAAUUGGAUAGCAUAGAAAAUUAUAAAGAAACCUGUAAAGAGUGUUUAGAAAAACAAUUAUACUAAGAAGAAUUUUAAUGUGAAUGUUGUAAAGUAACAUUUAAACGAUCAUCAAAUUAUGAAUAAAUAUUAGAUACUAUUAUGAAUUUAUGCCCAAAUUGCCACUAAAGUAAAUGUAGAAUGGGGGAUUGGUGUUAUUAUUGCAAAGGUUAAAUUUGUUAAUAGACUGUCAAAAUAAUUCAAAUUGAUAAAAAAUCAUAUUUAAUAUGCUUAGAUGCAUUUCACUACCUAAGAUAAAUGAAAUGUUUAAAUUGUUUUAAAGAUUAUAAAUUCUAAAAACUUUUAACGUCUGAUGAGUACUGCAAUAAUUAAUAUACUUGCGAUGAUUGCCUUUCUAGAUAAUAAAAUUGA